GUCUUCUGGGUGUUGAGCACUGUAUACAAUAUGGGUUAGUAUACACAAAUUUCUACACGGCGCACAGAGUACUGCCGAAGCUUAUAUAUCUGAACUUUUGCAAACGAUGGCAUUUAAAUUUUCGAUCGCAUAGUCGGCGUACCCUUUUUACUGAAACCAUGGCUCAAGAAACAGCGAGAAGGAGAAAAAACGAUGAGAAAAAGGACAAGGAGAGAGUCGUAGAGAAGAAGAGCGAAAGCGAAGAGACCAAGGAUAAGGAUGAAAUAAAACCAAAAUACGGACCUCAUGUCACCUUUCCCUAUCAGCGAGUCUGGUCUCGCUGUGUGUUAAUCCUGGGAGUUAUGCUCGUUGUGUGGUACAAUAGCAGAAAUGGAAAAGAAGUGUCAUUCGCUCGACAGAAGGAUGUCUUAGUCAGUCGGACUCAACACGUAGACUGUUCCACUGAUUACAAAGCUGAGAUAGAUAAAUAUCCUGGCUGUGUUCCUGAAAAAUGUGGGAGAGUUGUCUCCGACAAGCUGGUGUCAGCUUCGGAAGCUGACACCUUGCUGCAACUGGCUAAAAAUGGCUUCAAGUAUGGGGGCUCAGAUGGAGGAGCCAGUACAUUGGAUUUGCAAAGUGGUGCUCUCAGCAAGGGCACAAAGUUCAUCGACGUUUAUAGGCUGAGUGAUGCUAAGAAGAUUUUUAAUAGUGCUGACUUUGCUAUAUACAAAGUUGUUAGGACAAAGAUUCAUCAUGCGAUAGCCCAUCACUUUGGAGUGGAUGCAAACAAAAUUUAUUUGACCAAGCCCACAUUUUUUUCUAGAAUCACCAAUGCACCUGCUAAAACUAUUCACGAUGAAUAUUGGCAUCCGCAUGUUGACAAGGAGACUUACGAAUCAUUCCAUUUUACCUCGCUGCUGUACCUUAGUGAUUAUGGAAGAGAUUUCGAGGGUGGACGUUUUGUUUUUAUCGAUAAAAAUAGCGUGAAUAGUACCAUAGAGCCUCGAAAAGGUAGAGUUUCCAUGUUCACGUCUGGUAGUGAGAACUUGCACGCAGUUGAAAAAGUUACCUCAGGAACGCGUUACGCGCUCACUGUAUCAUUCACGUGUGAUAAAGAACAGGCCACAGUAGAUCCUAGUUUUGAUAGAACAAAACACGCAUAAAAUGCACGUCAUAAUAUUUACGACGUUAUUAACUUUAAGACGGGUUUAUUACGCAAGCCGGUAUAGAUAUGCCACGAUUUACACGAAAAACGUUUGUUGAAUAAAUCUUGAUGUAUUUUGUUGCUAUACAUUCCAGCAAACUAUGAUAUUGAUCUUCCCAAGUAAAUAUUCCAUCUUGCGCGAAUCAAGAAAUUUUUUGCCAUGUCCGAGAUUUCAAAUGCACAAAUAUUUUCUUGUACUUGUACAAAUAGAAGCGUUGUUGCUGAAGAUUACCAUGUUUUUAGAGUUUGUCACAAAUUAUAUUUUGUUUAAUGAAAUACAACAUUCGAUUACUAAUAGGUAGAAGAUCGGUGAUUUCCUAUGAACCAUGAUAAUAUAAGAGCACUGCUACAUGUGUAUACAUGAAUUAAUGUAUAUUUAAGAUUUGUAUCAAUAUAUAAAUGAAACGAAAUAAGUUUAUAUUAUUAUACAGUACUUAAUAAAGAGUGGGUGCGGUAACUGUUAUUUACAAAACAAAUACUUUGUUUCUACUCCGUUUAUUUAUUAUAUCUACAAUAAACAAUGUGCACAUUGUUUGAGUAUACACCUUAAAAUAAAUGCUCAAGAGUGUACAACGUCCUUUUCUUGUGCACUAAAAAGUACACUUUAUACUUUAUACGCAACUAAUUAAUUAAUUCUACAAUGUGCAUGUAAUAUUAUCUUAACAUUUCGCAUAAGAAAUAACUUUCUUACCAGUGCCGGAGGAAACAUUUACAUCGAAAAAAGAAAUAUUAAAAAAUGUAUCUUAAAUAUUCCACAACAUUCAAGUUUGAAUUUCCGCUAUUCUAUAAGUAGACCUUUCAGACGUAAAAAAAA